AUGUCAGGUUUUAAUAUUUCUAUUAUUAUUGACAAAAAAGCUAAAUCACAAAAACUCAUUAAUAAUAGACUGGAAUAUGAUAUGAAGUAUGUUGUCUCGUAUAUUUACAAUUAUUGUGGUAUUAAUGAUUAUCAACGAUACUUUGACGAUCUGUAUGAGACUGAAAAACGAUAUGAUACAUUAUCAGCUAUUCGACCUCACGAAAC